AUGCUCGACCUCACCGCAACACUCAACUCAAUUCCCCUAUCAGUCCUCUUAUCGGGGCUGAUUGCCAUGGGUGUGCUAUCAUGGCUUCGUCCGAAGGGUCGUAUAGCAUUCCAUCAUGCUAAAGACAAUAGCUUGAUGUUAACCAAGAAAUCCGGCAAGGAGCAGAGCUUCGUGGAUGUGUGUCGCUCUGCGACCCCAGAAACAUGCAACCUCAAUCCAUUCUUGUACAACGGUCACCUCCAGACAGCAUGGACUACACUCAAGCACGAUAAUGUUCCCGUGUACUACAAACGCCGCAUGUUCGAGUCCGAGAGCCCGGGUUUCGCGGGUCACUAUGCUAUGGACUUUGUGGUCGAGCCAUACGAGAUGCCUACCGACCCCGAAUUGCUCGACCAGGCAAGAAAGCAUACCCAGGAUUCUGGAUUGCCACCCCGGACAUCCUUCUACUCUGGCGAGGAGCUUGCUGCUCUGCCUUCUGACGAUACCAAGCCCAUGCUGGUGGUCUUGCACGGGUUGAGCGGCGGCUCCCACGAAGUGUACCUGCGUCAUAUCCUGGCUCCGUUGGUGGCAGAUGGUACCUGGGAAGCAUGUGUGGUCAACUCAAGAGGCUGUGCGCAGACGAAGAUCAGUACCGGUGUUUUGUAUAAUGCCCGGGCUACCUGGGAUGUUCGUGAGGCUGUCAAGUGGCUUCGAAAGACAUUCCCCAACCGUCCUCUGUUUGGUAUUGGGUUCUCGCUUGGUGCUAACAUUCUGACCAACUAUCUGGGAGAAGAGGGCGAUAACUGCCAACUGAAGGGUGCUGUGAUUUGCGCAAGCCCGUGGAACCUGACGGUUAGCAAUGUGAAGUUGCAAGACACUUGGAUUGGAAAGAAUGUUUACAGCAAAGCUAUGGGUACCAGCAUGAAGAAACUCUUUGAACAGCACGUGGACCAAGUCUCUAAGAACCCUCGUAUUGAUGUCGAUGCCAUCCGAAGUAUCAAUUACCUCCACGAAUUUGAUCGAGCCCUGCAAUGCCCGACUUGGGGUUAUCCUACCGAGGGAGCUUACUAUCGGGACGCCACUUCCACCGACUCCAUGCUUGCCAUCAGAAUUCCAUUCCUUAGUAUCCAAGCGGAGGACGAUCCUAUUGCUUGCCGAGAGGCUCUCCCCUAUCAUGAAAUGACACAAACACCUUAUGGAGUUAUGUUGACCACCUCGUGGGGUGGUCACCUGGGUUGGUUCGAAUAUGGAGGAGCGAGAUGGUUCGUGAAGCCGGUAACAAGCUUCUUGAACAAAAUGGCAAGAGAAAUCGACACCACCAUCCCGGGUGUUGUCGAACACCCUGAAAGACUCCCUGGAAACAUUGCCCACCACGACGAUCCCAGCAAGGACCCCGACCUGGCACCCAAGCCUCAAUUCCACCCCAUGCAGCGCAAGCUUGCCCUGCCACUGGGUAUUUAG